AUGUCUCUUAAGAAUGUUUCUCUCGUCGGAGCAAGCGGCAACGUCGGCUCAUCGGUUCUUCCAGAAUUGCUGAAGUCUGACCUCGUCCUGUCAGCUGUGACACGCGAAACUUCAUCCGCCAAGUUCCCCGAGGGUGUAACCCAUGUCAAGAGUGACUUCAGUUUGAGUUCGCUCACUGAAGCCUUCAAAGGGCAGGAUGCUGUGAUCAGUAUGCUCCCAAUCACCGCCCUCGGCGACCAAGCCGUUGUCAUCGAGGCCGCCAUUGCAGCAGGUGUUAAGAGAUUCAUUCCAAGCGAGUAUGGCUCCGACUCUACGAGCGAUGCUGUGAUCGCUGUAGUGCCCUUUUUCGAGGGAAAGAAGAAGUACUUGGAGUAUCUGAAGUCGCAAGAAAGCUCCAUUAGCUGGACGGCGCUCUUCACGGGCCCUUUCUUCGAUUGGGGAUUGGCUGCAGGCUUCGUCGGAUUUGACUUCGCUACGAAGACGUCAACCCUUAUCGACGGGGGAAAGACUCGAUUUACAACCUCCAACGUUGCGCAAAUCGGUCGGGCUAUUGUUGCAGUCCUCAGCCACGCUACCGAGACCGCUAACAAGCUGGUGUUCGUGGAGUCCUUCACCACCACGCAGCUCGAGAUUCACGCCGCCCUUGAGAAGGCCAGUGGAGAAGAGUGGAAGGUCGUCAACAAAACAUCAGAGAGUGUUAGAGCUGAAGGCUUCAAGCUACUGGGUGAGGGGAAGAUACUGGAAGGCGGGGGCAGUCUCAUUACGGCUCUUGUUCUAGGAAAAGAGGGUCUUGAGGAUCACUCUGAUGUUGAGGGUGGGAUUUGGAAUAGCCGUCUGGGUCUGCCAGUCGAGACCGUGGAGGAGACGGUGCAGCAAGUCUGGCUUGCAAAGAAGUAG